GUCUUUGGUUCGCCAGAAAGCUCUUGCUUAUGGGUCCAUCUUUCCACGGUUGAUUCUGGUCGCCCGGCGGCCAGAAGCCCAGAACCUUUGCUGGCAGGCCGCGAACCAACCAAACAGCUGAAGUCUGACGACGAGCCUUGGUUCAGAGAAACAGGGCACUGGGUUUAGAGCCCUUCGGAUCUAGUAUUGUCGUUCACCGGCGGCGACCAGGCCAAACCCUAGAACCUUGCCAAGAUGAGGUCGUUGCGAGCGGCGCAGACCCUAGUCUCCCGUUCCCUUUUCUCAGCGCGCCAUCUAAGCGGCGCAGCCUCCCCCGCCACGGCCGCCGCCGCGGGCGCGCGGUGGUGUGCAGCGCCGGCGCCACCGCCCCGUUCGCCGCUUCCAUCCUCGAGGGUGAUGCCUGCCGGGGUUGCCGGCGCAGUAUCCUUCUCCCUUACCUUCGCUACUGUAGCGGCGGCGGAGGCCAAGGCCAAGGAGCGACCGCAACCGGAUCUGUUGCCGCAGAACGUGGUGCUGUACCAGUACCAGGCGUGCCCCUUCUGCAACAAGGUCAGAGCCUUUUUAGAUUAUCAUGAUAUACCAUAUAAAGUUGUGGAAGUUAAUCCAUUGAGCAAAAAGGAACUCAAGUGGUCUGAUUACAAGAAAGUUCCAAUAUUGACAGUAGAUGGUGAACAGCUUGUUGAUUCAUCAGAUAUAAUCAAUAUACUACAGAGCAGGAUCAACCCCAAUGAAGAACUCACUAGUGACGAGGAAGCAAAAUGGCGAAGGUGGGUUGAUGAGCACCUUGUGCAUGUCUUAUCUCCUAACAUAUAUCGGACAACUUCAGAAGCUCUAGAAUCUUUUGACUACAUUGCAAAACAUGGUAAUUUCAGUUUUACAGAGAGGUUUGCCGUGAAGUAUGCUGGUGCUGCGGCCAUGUACAUGGUAUCUAAGAAACUAAAGAAGAAAUACAACAUAACUGACGAGCGUGCUUCAUUGUAUGAUGCUGCCAAUACAUGGAUCGACGCACUGAACGGAAGAGAUUUCCUGGGUGGCUCCAAGCCUAACUUGGCAGAUCUUGCCGUCUUCGGUGUUCUGAGACCUAUCCGAUACUUGAGAGCAGGAAAAGAUAUGGUUGAGAACACUGAAAUCGGCGAUUGGUACCGACGCAUGGAAGACGCAGUUGGAGAACCAUCAAGAAUACAGGAUGCAGAAGGAAACUAGAAUUUUGACAACAUUCUUUUAAAUACUUUAGCGGUAUCCGUGCCUAUGCAUGGAGGCUAUUCAAAUUUUUUGCCAGAAUCAAGUGUAUGCAAUAAUGCUCUGCCAGAUUAUUAAGUAUACUAGCACCUGAGGAACAGUGUUUGACUUGGGAACUUGGUUGUGUUACUGUGUAAGGUUUUGCUC